AUCAGCUGUGUCCAAUCACAGCUAAUUGUACUGAUGAUCAGUGCCCUGAUGAUCAGUGUAGCCCCAUCAGUGCCACCUGUCAGUGCCCUUCGAUGCCACCUGUCAGUGCCCAUCAGUGCACAUCAAUGACACAUAUCAGUGCCUACCAGUGCACAUCAAUGCCACAUAUCAGUGCCCAUCAGAACUCCCUUUCAGUGCCAACUAUCAGUUCCACUUAAAAGUUCCAGUCAGCGCCGCCUAUCUGUUCCAAUCAGCG